AUGGCGAUGAUCAAUCGCAUGGCUGCUUCUCUGAAGAAACUCGUGUCUUUGUGUCUUGUACUAACAUUUCUAGGGGAGAGUUAUGUGUUUGGACAUUUUGUGGUAGAGAAGAGUAACUUAAGAGUGUUGUCUCCUAUGAGUUUGAGAUCAAAACAUGACAGUGCAAUCGGUAACUUUGGUGUACCAGAUUACGGUGGCUAUUUGGUUGGUUCUGUUGAGUAUCCAGAUAAAGGAGCUUAUGGUUGUCAUCCUUUCGAUGGUGAUAAGCCCUUCAAGUCUAGAGGCUCUCGCCCAACUAUUCUACUUCUUGAUCGUGGAGAAUGCUACUUUGCCUUGAAGGCAUGGAAUGCUCAGCAAGCCGGAGCUGCAGCAGUGUUAGUGGCUGAUAGUAUAGAUGAGCCUCUGAUAACUAUGGAUUCUCCUGAGGAGAGCAACGAUGCAGACGGGUAUAUAGAGAAGAUUGGAAUCCCAUCAGCUUUGAUAGAGAGGUCACUCGGAGAGAGCUUAAAGAAAGCCCUGAAGAAUAAAGAAGAUGUGGUGAUAAAAUUGGACUGGAGAGAGUCAGUCCCCCAUCCUGAUCAGAGAGUUGAGUAUGAGCUUUGGACAAACAGCAAUGACGAGUGCGGUGCUCGAUGUGAUGAACAGAUGGAUUUUGUGAAGAAUUUCAAAGGCCAUGCUCAGAUCCUCGAGAGGGGGUUACACACUGUUUACUCCACACUAUAUUACUUGUGCAUAAACCACGGGAGAUACUGUGCUCCUGAUCCAGAACAUGAUUUUGGGGCGGGAUAUCAGGGGAAGGACGUAGUUUUUGAGAACUUGAGGCAGCUCUGUGUCCAUAGAGUUGCUAAUGAGAGUGGAAGGUCUUGGGUUUGGUGGGAUUAUGUGACAGAUUUCCAUGUCAGGUGUUCUAUGAAGAACAAGAGAUACAGCAAAGAAUGUGCUGAAGAUGUUUUGAAAUCACUUGAUUUGCCUGUUGAGAAGAUAAACAAAUGCGUUGGUGAUCCUGAAGCUGAUGUGGAGAAUGAAGUCCUCAAAACUGAGCAGGAACAGCAGGUGGGGAGAGGAUCUCGUGGCGACAUUACCAUCUUGCCAACAUUGGUGAUUAAUAAUGUUCAAUAUCGAGGAAAAUUGGAGAGGGCUGCAGUGCUGAGGGCUAUAUGUUCUGGAUUUAAGGAGACCACUGAUCCUCCAGUUUGUUUAAGUUCAGAGCUUGAGACUAAUGAGUGCCUUGAAAGGAAUGGAGGCUGUUGGCAGGACAAACAAUCUAACGCAACUGCUUGCAAGGACACAUUUAGGGGAAGGGUGUGUGCGUGUCCAGUUGUGAACGGUGUUCAGUAUGCAGGAGAUGGUUAUGUGUCUUGUAAAGCUAUUGGACCUGGAAGGUGUUCGGUAGACAACGGAGGAUGCUGGUCCGAAACAAAACAUGGAUUAAGUUUCUCAGCUUGCUCAGACUCCCAGUUAUCUGGUUGCCGGUGCCCACAAGGAUUUGAGGGGGAUGGCCAUACAUGCACAGAUAUUGAUGAAUGUAAGGCGCGCACUGCUUGUCAAUGUGAUGGUUGCUCCUGUAAGGAUAACUGGGGUGGAUAUGAGUGCAAAUGUAAGGGGAACCUCAUUUAUAUAAAGGAACAAGAUGCUUGUAUUGAAAGAAGUGGAUCCAAAUUUGGAUGGUUCCUUACCCUUCUGAUCCUAGCUGUUGUGACUGGAGCUGGUGUUGCUGGUUAUAUGUUCUACAAAUACAGGCUUCGGUCUUACAUGGACUCGGAGAUUAUGGCUAUCAUGUCACAAUACAUGCCACUUGACAACAACCAGAACAAUGAAGCUCCAACUGAAGCCCAACCAUUACGACAUGGCACAACUGUGUAA